UAACCUAAAAAAGAAAAAAAAAUUGAAGUGAAAAAGAUUCCUCUUCCAGAGCCGACCGAAUUUCCAUAAAAAAACCAAAACAAAUCAAUUUUAUAUAAAAAUCAUGUUUCGCUCCGCUUUGACGGUGCUUUCACAAACAAGUGAAACUAAAAUAACAAAUUGUUCAAUUGGUUUGGAAUUCGUUCGAUGGCGUCGCAAGCCUCGUUGGUUGCCAGUUGCCAAAAGCAAAGUAUUUCGUAUCCCAGAAAAGAAACCACAAACCGAAGAUGAAAAACUUGAAUUACUUCGAUUGCAUAAUCAUUACAAAACUCAAAUGAGAUCAAUGCGAAUGUAUUUACGUGAAGAAUCCCAACGCAUUAGAGAGACUUCAACAGCCGAUCAUUUGGUUGAGACACCAGAGCAGGAGGAACAAGAAUUCCAACGUUGUGUGGAUUUGAAUAAAGAGUGGAAUGCUAAAAUCGCUGGAGAACGUAAUGCUCGUUUGGCGAAGGAAUACGCCGAGAGAAGAGAAUUUAUCAAAGAGAGGUUAGAAUUGGCUAAGGAACGCGAAGAAGAUCGACUUCAACGCAUCGAGGAGAUUGUCAGGAAAGAAAAGGAAGCUGCAAAGAACUUCAUCACUCGUGAGAAUAUUGAUGCGGCAAUAGAAACAGCUUUGGCCAAUCCAUUGGACUACAACUUCUCCAUCGAUCUUCGUGGCAAUUUGUACCAUGGUCGUACCACUGUCCCAGGUGGCUCACCCGAUCAGAAGCAACCCGAGCCGGAGCUCCUCGCUGCAGCUAAUUGAGACACGACAACUCUCCAAAAAGUCAUUUGUUCAUUUCGUUUAUAGAAAAAAAAAAAUAAAAAUUUAUAGCUUAGAUCAACAGUUAACAAAUAA